UCCAAGCAGUUCUAACCAUUCAUUACUUGCGAACAGAUCCUUGACUUUUGUGCUUAACUUAUGGGAGAAGGGGCUGUAAUCUGGAGCUCCUUCCAGAGGCGAUGACACCUGCUUGCUCCAGUCACUGUUGGUCCAGGCACACUGGGAAAGCUCUACAAGGCCUCAGCUGCCCAAGGUCCAGAGACAGCAAGUAACUCCUUUCAUGACCCUUGACCAUCAGGAAUUCAACCAGACUCUCAAGAGGACACCACCUCCAGCACCAAGCUGUAUGCCUCUGGGAGAGCAUGGACCUACGAGCCCGGACAGUGAUGCUGGUUGUACAGGAAACCCCUUCACAAAACUGCUGACUCUUGGGAGAGAAGAUGGUAGUGCAGAAUGGCACUUAUCUGGUAGUAUUUUGGAUGUUUACACUGAUGAGCAGGGAAUUUCUUCAGUUAACACAAAUCUAAUGAAUGCUUCCUGUCCAAGCAUCCUGCCCACGAAAAAGGAAAUUGCAGAAACUGACACUAGAGCUUUGGCGAAAGAGAGACAGAAAAAGGACAAUCACAACCUCAUUGAAAGAAGAAGAAGGUAUAAUAUUAAUUACCGAAUCAAGGAGCUUGGCACUCUUAUUCCAAAGUCUAAUGAUCCUGAUAUGCGCUGGAACAAAGGAACCAUUCUGAAAGCAUCAGUGGAGUACAUCAAGUGGCUACAGAAAGAACAACAGAGAGCCCGGGAGUUAGAACACAGACAGAAGAAAUUAGAACAGGCUAACCGGCAGCUUGUGCUCCGGAUUCAGGAACUAGAGAUACAAGCACGGGCUCACGGUCUGCCAAUGCUGACUUCACUCAGCCCGGCUGAUCUCAGUCCCCACCUCACCAAACAACAGAUCCAUCCUGAGAAGAACUCAGUAGUGGGCUGCUGCCAACAACUGACUCCGUCUCAGGGGACAAGCCCGGAGUUCUGCGAGCAAGCUGUGGCCUUCUCUGACCCUUUGUCCCACUUCACAGAUUUAUCGUUUAGUGCCGCUUUGCAGGAGGAGCAAAGAUUGGACGGCUUGCUACUAAGUGAUACAAUGUGCCCCUUUGGAACAGACCCUCUCCUCUCUGCCACUUCCCCUGCGGUUUCCAAAGCAAGCAGUCAAAGCAGCUUCAGCUCCGAGGAUGGUGAAGAACUAUAAGCCACAAACAGGCUCCAGUCAUCAACCAGGAAGAAACAACAUGUUGGUGCUAUGCAAUCAUGAUCUGUGUUUCACACAUUAUUUUCUCUUAAUUCUCUGAAAGGAAUUAUGCUGCCCGUCGGGGGAAAAUGAUUAGAAGCAAUGGGAAAAUCCGAGGGAAGAAGAAAUAUGAUGUUAAAGAAUUGCUGAAGAGCACAGUUUCGUUUCCUCCUUUGUCUACAGAGUCCAGAUUUCUUUAAAUUUGAUUUUCCUGGAAAGUGGUUUACUUAAUAAUGACUCUAGUGUGAUACCUGCAGAGCAAUGACAUGAUAAGAUAUUAUUGGAAGUAUAGUCCUUAAAGAGACUGCAAUAGACCACUCUCCUCUCACUUCCAUAUUCUGUGUCAUGUCCUGUAGCAUUGUUUUUUUUUUUUAAAGAAUCAAGACUAACAAAUUAGGUGAUAAUUUCCUCUCCAUUGUCUGAUGGACAUAUUACGUAUGCUUGGACUCUUGUUGGGAAAUUUACUGUAAAAUGAAUAUUUUUUCACUUAUACUUGAAACUCAGUCUGUAAUAACAUGAGACUUUUUCAAAAUAAAGCAAAAACGUUUCUAAAAUGUUA